AUGAGUAAACUGGUCUUCGAUGCAACGGGCAAUUACGUUCAUGCGACUUGCUAUCGACAGAUUGUGGAAACCGCGAGUUGCAGCCAGUUGAGCAGCAGCGCGCAGAGCACAAUCCCGAGGACCAGAAUCAUAGCUCUGUUGUAGCAAGGGUUCACUAUCAAAAGCAGCGAUCGCGCGAGGUGGCGAGCAAAGCACAUCAAUAUUUGGAACGAUUGCAUGGGAAAAAGGGAUCAGUGCUAAAAAUAGACGUGCGCUCGAGGCUUUCAGGCAAUUCUGCGUCAUCUGAAGAUCAAAAUGGUAGCAAAACCGAUACUUCCUCUAACGACGAGGGAGAAACGAUCACAGAAAUCCCGCCCGAGCGUCUUUCAGGUAUCCCGAGACUAAAGCGAGAAAAUGCGUUUAUAGUGACAGAUUUCCCGGCGAGAAAAAGGAGUUUCAUGUUCACCCCUGAAGAAGACGAUUCUCUAAAAGCAGGCAUCGAGCGACAUGGCUACGGUCAAUGGAAAGCGAUUCUCAGGGAUCCCGAAUUUCGUUUUCAAAAGGGAAGAACAGCCAACUCCCUGCUGAGCCGUGCAGCGCGAAGAUUCGGAUCACUUUCUAAGUUAUCCUAG